UUCCCGGUGCGGAUGUGCGUGCUCGGAACGGCAAAGGCAAAGGCAAAGGCAACGGCAACGGAAAGUCACUCACACGUAGUCGAAACAAAGUAUUUUAUGUUUCGGUUCAUUCGGUUUUUGUGUGGUGUAUGUGUGUGUCUUUUUUUUCGGUUCUCGCAAUUUAAUUUGAUUAGUAGCCAACCCUAAAGUGACCACAAAACAAAAAAAAAAGAGAAAAAGAAUCGUGGAAGAAAGAAGAGACCUAACGAAAUGCUAACCGACCAAUGCAAAUAAUCAAAAGGCAAAUGAAGAACAAAAUCAUCACCCCGGGCAAAGUGAAAAGCCAAUGAACUUAAUGACAACUUAAGGGAGGCAGAUAAGGAGCGAGAAGGCAGGAGACGAAGGCGGAGCUGGUCGGCAACAGAAGCAACUGAAGACCUGUGCCAAACGGAUUGGCUGGAGAGGAGGUGAUUAAAUUGAAGCCGUCAAGCCAUGGGUGACCUGCAAGCCACAAUUGAAUUUUCUGUGGAAUUGCACAAGUUCUUCAAUGUGGACUUGUUUCAACGUGGACUGUAUCAAGUGCGCUGUGGGCUGCGUGUUUCGCCUCGUCUACCUGUCCAGGUGGAGACAAGCAUUCCGGAUGCCAAUGUAACCAAUGCCGGCAAACUGAAUGGAAAUGCAAAUGGACCCGACCAUGUCAUCAGCAGCGAUAGCAGCGAAAGAGGCGGUGUUGGCGGCGGCCUGGGGGGCGGUGGAAGUGAACAAAUGUCACUGGGCGAGGUAUCAUCAUCGUCAGGACUGCCAGGUAGCUGUACAUCCGCCUCUAUUAUCAAUGGUAGCGGCGCCUCACGUAUCUUUCAGAUACUCUAUCGCAACGAGGAAGUGCCCCUUCGUGAUGUCAUACACUUUCGCAGCCAUUUGCUAGUGGACAGUCGCCAUCUGAAGGAGUCAAUCGAACGGGCAGAAUUCUCAUUGCAACUGGAACUUUGGUUUGGGGAACAGAACGGCACCAGCAACUUGUCACUGGCCUCCACACGAAAUCUCCAGUUGAAUUUCCAUCCUGGACGUGGACUUCAUUAUCAUUUGCCAGUGCUCUUUGACUAUUUCCAUUUGGCGGCCAUCAGUGUGGGAAUACAUGCCAGUCUGGUGGCCCUGCAUCAGCCGUAUAUCAAACCAAAAGGCGUUAACAUCACGGGCGGAGGCGUGGCAAGUUUAUUACACUCCUCGCCAGCAACAUCUCUGAACUUUCAUCAGCCAUGGCGCAUUCAGUUAUUACGCCGAUUGAUUCAACAAAAGAAAAGCAUGUUCUCAUAUAUGAAAUUCUGUGCACCACGUAGCUCUAAGCCUUGGAGUGCCGGGAAGUUGAGUUGUCGUGGCAAUACAUCACCUGGACCAUUGGAGGCGGUAUUCUUUGGCCCACAAAUUGGCGGCACAACGAAAUGUAGUGGCGGGCCAGCGGGACGUUUAUUGCAGUCGCGUCAAAUUCAUCAUGAGAUCUGUUGCCUACUUUUGGGGGCCAUUGAGCAACUGAAAGCCACACUGAAUGAGUUCAGUACGGUGCUGCCGCCAAGUAUAAAUUCACAAAUUGGCUCGCCGCCACUGCGAGAGAACGAUACGGGCGAGCGGCUGCAGCAAUUGAUGGAUCAAGCCAAAUUGCUGGAACAGGAAGAAGACUUUGCCAUACGUGCCAAUUCUGAUAUUGCCCAACUUUGUGCUGAAAGCAUUUUCUGGUGGCGUCGUGUCCUGCUGGCCUCGCGGUCCUCAACAGCAGUGCAUACGCUGUUGGCCCGAAAGCAUCACAUUCUGCGUGUCCGACGCUUUGCCGAAGGUUUCUUUGUGUUGGAACAGCCGCGGCAUGCGGCAGCUGCUGGCAAUGGAGCUGGCGGGGGACAGGACCAAACAAACAGCUCAUCCACGACGGGGCACUGCCAGAGUUAUGGGGCUAUAGCUGAAUUGGCACGACGUAGUCGCUAUCUGCAGUCCCUGCCUCCCUUGCCCGUACACUGUACUCCCAUUGAUGGGGAUGCCGCCUCGUUGCCACUGAUUUUUGAGGAUCUUUAUAUGACAUCAGCCGGCAGUGGCUAUGCCCGCCGCCGCUCGGGAAGUGAUCCCCAGUUGGAGGAUGCCACCACAAAUGGCGUCAGCAGUCUUAAGAAGAAGGUUGACAAGACGCACUCAAGCAGCAGUCUGAAUGGGACCAAAGAUUGUCUUGCCUGCCACUUCGACUACGAUUAUCCACAGACCAAUGGCACGGGUCCAGCUCAUCCACAUGCCAAAUGUGUGGUUACCCCAAGAUUUGCAUUGGGCGGCGAAGUCCUGCAGGCCAGCUUGACCAUAACACCCAGUAAGGAGACGGCAGCGAAUACCGUUUUGCGGCACAAUUUGUCGAGGCAUUCAGUGACGGGACUGCUCGAGGAUCUCGGUUUGGAUAGCAGUGUGCCAGCGGCAAGGCAUAGCAAGUCUCUGGAUCAACUUGAUGGUUGUGAGGCGCUACCCACAAUUCUGCCCCCCACACAUAACACCCUACCCCGACUGCAAGCGGAUGAUCUAAUGAAGAAUAUUUGUGAGUUUCGUCAGCGUUAUGGCAAAUUGGAUUAUCUGCAUGAGAUUAAGCUGCUCAAUCCACCCAAGCAUCAGACGCAAUCACAUCCACAGGCACAGCAACAACCACAUCAGCAACAACAGCACCAAUAUCAUCAGCAACCAACUGCCUAUAACUCCCUGCCCAAGUCUAUGGUGCCACCUAGAAGUUCCUAUCCACCACCCCCACCCAGUCAGCACACAACCAUGCCCAGAAGCAAUUCAUCUCAAAUUCCGCGAGCUGUGGAAAUUGCUCGCGUUCGAGUUUCUGAUAUUAAGGAGAUGUUGAGACAGGGACAAUUGAGGAAAGAGUCGAGCAGCUCCGAGAGUGAUAUGCUGCAGAAACUUCAAAUUCUUAGCUCGAGUAGUGUACCCUUUCGUUUGGAUGCUGGCGGAUUGAUAACAGGUGGAGUUGGCGCCAACGGUGGGGCAGGAGGAGCAGGAGGCGGUAUCUGUGGCGGAGGCGGAGGCGGAGGCACAGCGGUCAACAGCACUAAUAAUACCACUAGCAGUGAUCCCAAUACAAGUGGUUUCUCCGAAUCGUUGCCCAAUUUGGCACCUCCAGCGGAAUUCGAUUCGGACUCACAGCCGCGACGACAGCGCAGCAAUUCAACAUCUUCGCUUAGCGAGGAAAGCGGCUGGGUUAGCAGUAGAAGGAGCUCAUUGGCUGUCUCAAGUCCGGAUACGAUUACCAGUACGGGUCAGAUGAAGCAGCGUCAUCACACGCAGCUCAAUCUGGGCAUGGGCAUGGCCAUGGAAACGCGUCUAAAUGGCGAGCAAUUGCGUCUGCGAUUGCAAAAAUUGCUAGAACAGCAGCAACAACAGCCCCAUAAGACCCGUAAGAGAACCGGAACGGGCAACGGAACCGGACCCGGACCAGGUACAUCUAGCCAAAGUAGGACACCGGCUCGCCAACAGGACAUGCAUAAGAAAGUCUCGUCCGUAACGGUAACAAUCAAGCGAGAACGUUCCCGCUUCCAGCUAGAUCGUUUGCGUCAUUUGCCGAACGGUGAGUCCACUGAGAUGGAGGAAAUGGAGCCACCACCACGACGCAACCGCCAUAGAACUGCGACCAAGUGUCCCGAGAAAUCCAAAUCCGAUUUUGAUAUCAGCAGCCUCAAGGAUAUGUGUCUGCCGCCACCGCAGCAGUUUCAGGAUCAAGAGCAGGACGUAUUGGCGCCACCGCCACCCGAUGAGUUUCGUGAUCCUCCACCAGAACCGGCACCAGCUGUUGAUGCACCCACUUCAGCUUCAGUAUCAGUUGCACCACUUGCUGGUGUAAGUGCUUCUGUUCCCAUUCCUGCUGCAAGACAUUGUCAAGUGCCACCACCUCCGCCGCCUCUGAAGGAACGUCAACCAAUCGGAGCCAUCGAUAAUCCCGUAUAUCACAUCUAUGAAUCUCUGCGUCCCAUCUCAACGCCGGCCAUUUUCACCAAUAAGCCAGUACUGAAAUCGCAUAGUCUGGCAGAGCUUAAGCGACCCCUCAAUCAUCAUUGUGUGACGCACUCUGGCCUCAAUGGUCAUUCCCAUCAAAAUGGGGUGGAACCCGAUGCAGAUGAGAACAAGGAGAAUUCGAAUGGUCCACCGGUUAAGGGCAAACAAGGACAGGCGAGUUCCAACUCCAAUUCCACAUCGAAGAGCAAACAUCGCAAGUCCCAAUCCGUGCAGGAAUCCAUGCCCAGCAUCUCUCUAAUGGAAUUCGAGAAAUGUCGCGAGGAAUUCCGUAAACAGAUCAAAUAUCAAGGCUCCAUAUAUUCCGAUUAUAUUCAACUGGCCUCGGAGUUACCCUAUUUCUACAUAAGCGAUGAGUAUCGCGCCUUCUCACCCAAUGGAAUGCACUUGGUCAUAUGUGUCCAUGGCUUGGAUGGCAAUUCGGCAGAUUUGCGAUUGGUUAGAACGUACUUAGAACUGGGCUUGCCGGGUGUAAAUCUAGAAUUUUUAAUGUCGGAACGAAAUCAGGGGGAUACGUUUUCCGAUUUUGACACCAUGACUGAUAGGCUGGUAACCGAAAUCCUUUACCAUAUCGAUAGCUGUGCUCUUAAUCCGGCUCGCAUUUCCUUUGUCGCCCAUUCGCUGGGCACGAUUAUUGUGAGAAGUGCGUUGGCACGUCCUCAGAUGCGUCCGCUAUUGCCCCGGCUGCACACCUUCCUUUCGUUAUCGGGACCACAUCUCGGCACACUCUACAAUACCAGUGGUUUGGUCAAUAUGGGCAUGUGGUUUAUGCAAAAAUGGAAAAAAUCGGGAUCACUGCUUCAGCUCUGUAUGCGUGAUACCACGGAUAUGCGUAAUAGUUUCCUCUAUCGCCUCAGCCAGCGGAGUACUUUGCAUCACUUCAAGAAUAUUCUCCUAUGUGGCUCUAGUCAGGAUCGGUAUGUUCCGGCACAUUCGGCACGGCUCGAACUCUGCAAGGCGGCCAUGAGGGAUAACUCUAGCCUGGGCACAAUAUACAGGGAAAUGGUUCACAAUGUAAUUGCCCCUGUUUUGGCCCGGCCCGAACUGACUUUGGCCCGCUUCGAUGUCCAUCAUGCCCUGCCCCAUACGGCAAACACUUUAAUUGGUAGGGCUGCCCAUAUAGCAGUUUUGGAUUCGGAGCUAUUCAUUGAAAAAUUCAUGCUAAUAGCGGGCCUCAAGUACUUCAGUUAAAGUUGAAGUUAAUGUUAAAUGUUACGAUUAAGAUUGGUUAAAGUUUGGGGGAACCAAAGAAGCAAAAAACAAAUAAUAAUAAUAUUUACUUA